GCACAGUGGCAGCGAAACGGCUUGAGGCUUAAUCAAUACUGUGUAUUUCGUCGUGGACAGUCCGCAGAAGAUUUUUUUCGUGCCAGUUUUUAAAACGACUCUUGCACUGGCACUCUCUGGCGUGGACUAAAUUCAUAGCUCUGCAAGUGGAAAAUAAUCUGCAUUUUGACGCGCUGACGUCUGUGAUGCUGCAUGAAUCCGCAUGGACAAAAUGUGUUGGUGAUUGGGAAAGGGGAUCUUGAUCACAAACAAGCAGCUGCAACAUAUAGCCUAAAAACGGGAUAGUGUGAGCGUUGCAUUGGACGAUUCACGAGUGUCGUCACUCAUCGUGAGGUAAAAUCACCAUGCUGUCCUUGUGGUCAAUGAACAUUUGCGUGGGUCGAGAAGAUCGCGCGUUUGAGAGGAAAUCAUAUGUGUCUGACCAUGCGCUGGGCUGCAUCCCUAAGCUCCUCACAGGUGGACGACUUGCUUAAAUCAAUGAAUCAAUACAGAUAGCAGCAUGUAGCCUAGAGGUUAUUUUCUUUUUGCCGUGUUUUCCUGCCUCGGCUUGCCGGAUGUUUUCUUUUCUACACCAGCAGAUAAAAGGGGGCAAAUAGGAGGACAUGCCAUAGAUAACAUUACUCGCCCACUGAUGCUGCUGACAUUUGGCGAUUUGAUGUGUUGACCGAACAUGACAUAUGUGCCGAGAAUUCCCUCCGUAUCAGGACUGUGUGGCUGUGAUGUUCUGGUCGUCCUGGGAUGAGUCCAAAAUGACCGGUAUCUUAUUUAAUUAUUUUUAAGUGGUCUCUAAAUCAGUUGUCAUAUUAUGGAGACUGAUGCUAAUGAAUUGUAGAAUGAAGAUUAUAGGAAAACGAUUUUCUGUAGGCCUAUUUAUAACCAAGGACUUGGGCCUAUAGGCUACUGAAAUGGCAUCUUUUUGCGCACAACAUCAACGUUUAUUGUUUGUAGCCUAUCACAUGUUGAAGUGGCGUCAAGAUGUUUACCACUGCACUUAUCACGAUGAACUUAUGUCCUUCGGGAAAUCUGAUAUUUCAUUUCGUAGUGACUACAUAGCUUGAGUACUUUAAAAAGUUCAGAAAUAAACUGUUCAGAGGAAAGCUUUUCUUAGGAGAAGUUAAUUUUGGGGAGAAAUUAUGAUCGCAAGCAACAAUCAGUGAAACGUAGGCCUAUGUCAGGCUUAGUUUUAGGAAAAGGAAAGUUUUCUUUGUAAAGUUUAUUUAUUAGCUGUUACCUUUUAAACAGAAGAGUAGAGACUAAGCAGCAUGUCUAGAUCGAACAGUGUAAGCCCGCCCGGCGUUGGUGCUCCUGGGCUGAGGGGAGGGACGGAGCACAGAUCUGCUUGGGGCGAGUCAGAGGCCGUAGCGAACGGAUGUCCAUACUCGGCCCGAUCCUCCACCAGAAGGCUCGCACGGUCCAACAGCAGAUGGAGGGAGGAGGACGAUUUCGACCGACAACCGGGGAGAGCUACCACAACCGUCAGCCGAGUUAGUUUCAGGUCCAAGUCUGCGUGGCAAGAACAUGGGGAGGAGAGUCGCAACAAUAACCGUUCGUCCCAAAGGUACGCGGAUGGCGAAGUGAGACCCAAGUCGGUGGAGUUGGGUCUGGAGGAGAGGAGAACCAAAUCAAAGUCGGAGGAGGAGGACGCCGUGUCCGACGUCCACUUUUCUAUGUUCUCAAUGGUCGCAUGCUGCACCAGCGUGAUGCAUAUUUUCAAGUCCAAAAAGUUUCAGUCGGAGAAGUUGGAGAAGUUAUACCAGCGCUACUUUUUCCGACUGAACCAGAGCAGCUUGACCAUGCUCAUGGCUGUGUUGGUGCUUGUAUGUGCGGUCAUGCUGGGAUUCCACUGCGCCGGCGGCUUCUAUCGCCUAACUUAUGUGGUUGUUUUCUCAAUGGCUAUUUUGCUUAUCCUUGUGUUAAUGAUCGUGUGCAAUCGGAAUGGAUUCCACCAGGACCACAUGUGGAUCGUCUGCUACGUUGUAAUCCUUGUCGUGCUGGUGGUACAGGUGAUAGGUGUUAUUCUCGUGCAGCCCAGAAGUGCUUCGGAAGGAAUAUGGUGGACUGUUUUCUUCAUUCAUGUUAUCUACACGCUGCUCCCUGUCAGAAUGCGAGCAGCGGUUAUCACCGGGGUGGUGUUGUCUGCCAUUCAUGUCAUCAUUUCAUGGAGACUCAACGAGGUGGAUGUUCUCUUGUGGAAACAGCUGGUAUCCAACGUACUGAUCUUCUCGUGCACCAACAUCGUGGGUGUGUGCACCCACUAUCCAGCCGAGGGUUCCCAGAGGCAGGCCUUCCAGGAGACCCGCGAGUGCAUCCAGGCUCGCCUCCACUCACAGAGGGAAAACCAGCAGCAGGAACGCCUCCUCCUAUCUGUGCUUCCCCGCCACGUUGCCAUGGAGAUGAAAGCCGACAUCAACGCCAAGCAGGAGGAUAUGAUGUUUCACAAGAUCUACAUCCAGAAACACGACAACGUUAGCAUCCUGUUUGCUGACAUCGAGGGCUUCACCAGCCUGGCCUCCCAAUGCACAGCACAGGAGCUCGUCAUGACGCUCAACGAACUCUUCGCCCGCUUCGACAAGCUGGCGGCGGAGAACCACUGCCUGCGCAUUAAGAUCCUGGGCGACUGCUACUACUGCGUGUCCGGCCUACCGGAGGCGCGUGCUGACCAUGCUCACUGCUGUGUGGAGAUGGGGGUGGACAUGAUCGAGGCCAUCUCGUUGGUGCGGGAGGUGACUGGUGUGAAUGUGAACAUGCGGGUGGGCAUCCACAGUGGUCGUGUGCACUGCGGGGUGCUGGGCCUACGCAAGUGGCAGUUUGACGUGUGGUCCAACGACGUCACGCUGGCCAAUCACAUGGAGGCUGGAGGCAAAGCUGGACGGAUCCACAUCACCAAAGCCACGCUGAACUACCUGAAUGGAGACUAUGAUGUGGAGCCGGGAUACGGGGGAGAGAGGAAUGUCUACCUGAAGAAGCACAACAUCGAAACCUACCUCAUAGUGGGCUGCAGUCAGAAAAGGAAAGAAGAGAAGGCCAUGAUCGCCAAGAUGAACCGGCAGCGGACCAACUCGGUCUCCCACAACACAGCACACUGGACCGACCGGCCCUUCUACAACCACCUGGGCAGCAACCAGGUCUCCAAGGAGAUGAAGAGGAUGGGCUUUGAAGAUCCCAAGGACAAACACACGCAGGAGAACCUGAACCCUGAGGACGAGGUGGAUGAGUUCCUAGGCCGGGCCAUCGACGCGCGCAGCAUCGACCGUCUGCGCUCCGAGCACGUCAAGAAGUUCCUCCUCACCUUCCGAGAACCAGACUUGGAGAAGAAGUAUGCCAAACAGGUGGACUCGCGGUUCGGGGCGUACGUGGCCUGUGCCUCCCUCGUCUUCUUGUUUAUCUGCUUCAUUCAGAUCGUCAUCGUGCCACAUUCGAGCCUGAUGAUUGGGUUUUACGUGGCGUGUCUGGUCCUCCUGAUGGUGGUCAUGUUCAUCUCGGCCAUAUACUCUUGUUUUGGGGUCUUCCCAGUGCCUCUGCAGACGAUGUCCAAGCACAUCGUCCAGUCCCGGCUGAACAGCACUCUAGUGGGCGUCUUCACCAUCCUCCUGGUGUUCCUCUCUGCCUUCAUCAACGUUUUCACCUGUAGUACGGCCAACCUGAAAAUGUGCCUGGGUCGGGAGUUCAACGUGACUCCCAGCAGUGUCAAUGCGUGCCACGUGCGCCGCUCUGCCUUCAACUACUCCCUGGGCACGCUGGAGGGCUUCUGCGGCAGCGGCGCACCCAACUGCAACUUCCCUGAGUACUUCUCGUCUUGCGUGCUGCUCAGUCUGCUGGCCAGCUCCGUGUUCCUGCAGGUGAGCAGCAUUGGGAAGCUCUUCCUCAUGCUCUUCAUCGAGGUGCUCUACGUGCUCAUCCUGGAGGUGCCCGAGGUCACCCUCUUUGACAACAUGGACCUACUGGUCAUAGCCAACGCCAUUCAGCACAUCAAUGGAACAAGUUGUGUGAUGGACUCCAAGGUGCCGCUGAAGAUUGUGACUCCAGUGGUCAUCACAGUAUUUGUGCUGGCCCUUUAUCUCCACGCUCAACAGGUGGAGUCCACGGCCAGACUGGACUUCCUGUGGAAGCUGCAGGCCACCGAGGAAAAGGAGGAGAUGGAGGAGCUGCAGGCCUACAACCGUCGCCUCCUCCACAACAUCCUGCCCAAGGACGUGGCGGCGCACUUCCUGCAGCGAGAGCGGCGCAACGACGAGCUCUACUACCAGUCAUGCGAGUGCGUGGCCGUCAUGUUCGCCUCCAUCAGCAACUUCUCCGAGUUCUACGUGGAGCUCGAGGCCAACAAUGAGGGCGUCGAGUGCCUGAGGCUGCUCAACGAGAUAAUUGCCGACUUUGAUGAGAUCAUCAGUGAAGACCGGUUCCGUCAGCUGGAGAAAAUCAAGACCAUUGGCAGCACAUACAUGGCCGCCUCGGGCCUCAACGACUCCACGUACGACAAGGCCGGCCGCUCUCACAUCCGGGCCCUGGCUGACUACGCCAUGCGCCUGAUGGAGCAGAUGAAGCACAUCAACGAGCACUCCUUCAACAACUUCAAGAUGAAGAUCGGUCUCAACAUGGGGCCCGUGGUGGCAGGGGUCAUCGGGGCACGGAAGCCUCAGUACGACAUCUGGGGGAACACGGUAAACGUGGCCAGCCGGAUGGACAGCACAGGUGUGCCAGAGAGGAUCCAGGUGACCACUGACCUGUACCAGGUCCUGAACUCCUACAACUACGUCCUUGAGUUCCGGGGAGUCGUGAAGGUCAAGGGCAAAGGAGAAAUGACCACUUAUUUCUUGAACGGCGGGCCCAGCAGCAGUUAACACCCCUGACCCCCUCCCCCUAAGCAGCGACAGAGGCUGAGGACCCAGUUACUCUGAGGGGGUGGAGAGGAG